AUGGACCCCAAUGAAACGCCUGCUCUCCACCACUGUUCUGCUGACUCUUCCCCAGCGGAUGAGGCCAGAGUGUCCCAGAAUACAGAGCUUAUUCCUAGGAGACCAGUCAGUCGUUCUCCUACCUGUGCCCGCUGUCGCAACCAUGGGGUCACAGCCCAUCUUAAGGGCCACAAGCGCCUCUGCCUCUUUCAGGCUUGCGAGUGUCACAAAUGUGUCCUCAUCCUGGAACGUCGGAGGGUCAUGGCUGCCCAAGUGGCCUUGCGCAGGCAGCAGGAGGCACAGCUGAAAAGGCACCUGGCUCAGGGACUGAUAAAAGGGGCAACCCCUCUGAAAGCUCCCCUCCGUGUCAAGAAGGGAACGAUUCGGCCAGGGGUCCCUUCUGGAAAGGAGAACAUAGCACCCCAGCCUCAGAGUCCCCAUGGAACAGUCCCACUGGUACUAACGCCACCUGGGAAGGAAAACUAUGGGCCACUGCUACUCAGCCGCCCCCCAGAAGCCUUGCCUUUGCCCUGGACUCCAGUGCCUCCUGGGCCUUGGGGCCCUGGACACUGGCUGCCCCCAGGCCUCUCAAUGCCACCUCCAGUGGUGUGCCGCUUGCUGUGCCAAGAACCUGCUGUACCUCUACAUCCUUUCCCUGGCUUUGACCCUGGCACCUCUCUUCGGCUACCCACUCAUGGGACCCUCCCAACCUGCCCAGGAUCUCGCUCAGGACUCACGGCUCCACUUUCUGGAGAGCCCCAAGGACCCCCUAACCUGCCUCACACAUGUUCAACUCUGAUACUCCAGUCCUGUGGUGCCCCAGACUCUCUUCUGCUACAACCACAGGCCCCUGGAGCCUCCUGCCUGGCCUGGACUUCUGGCCCCUCAGAGCGGCAGCUGCAGCGGGAGGCAGCUGAGGCCCUUGUAGGUCUGAAAGACUCAUCCCAGGCUCCCCGCCUGACCCCAUCUGUUCCCCCUAACCCUGCCUGGAUCUCUCUUCUCCACCCUUGUGGCCCACCAGCUCCUCCUGGGGGAAGAGGAUUCCAGCCUGUUGGCCCACCUCUCCGGCCUAGUCCAGGUUCCUCUGUCUCUCUGCAUAUUGGACGUCUGGGAUCCAUCUCCCUCCUCAGCUAG